AUGUCUCAGCUUCAGAACCAAGUGAAAACUUGUGUCGAUGACAUCGAGGAUGCGUUAGCGUCCUCUAAUAGUCUCUCCAGCAACGAGGUCCACGAUAGGCUUAGUGCGACAUAUCAACGAUUUCUGCAGCAUGUGUGGUGCGAGGUUCCAAUGAACAGCGCAGAUGGAUCGGCCCUCGCAACAGUGUCUUGCAUGCCAAUAUGGGAGCUCUUGAAUCAAUACACAAGCGCAUGCGCGCUCUCUGCAGCACCAGAGAAAGCUAUUGCCGUCCAGCUACUGAGCUCAAUGUACCCCAAGUCAAAGGACCGCCGAUGCGUGUUCCAGCAGCCCAGUUGUUAUGGGAGCAACAGCCAGACUGCAGUGCCACUGAGCACACACGUACCACUUCAAAUGUUCGUUCUCAAUAAUUCCAACGCCGAGCAAAACCUCGAAUACGCGAAGGCCGCCCAACGCAUCUUGAGAAUAGCGACAGUUGGAAAUUACACAGAUGUGAAGGAGUCCGCUGCAGUCGCCUCUGCGGUGCGCACGUUUAUCAACAAUGUACUCCCAAGGUGCACGCUUAUCUCCCACCCCGGAGAGCUCCCAAAACAAACAAGAGGAGAAGUGCACAUUCUUUGGGACAGUCCCACAUGUGAUUGGUCGUCUGGGAGAAUUUUUCUCCUCACACUUUGGUGCCUUCUUGUUGCUGCCGAGUACCUGAGCCUUCCGGAAGCUAGAAACCUCUCUUUAUUCCUCUGCAGUUCCCGCUGGUCGACACGCCUAGUUGAAGUCGAUGGACGUAAGGUAAGCUACAGUGAGCUCCUGUCUCCUCUUCUGGACAUUUGCUCAUUGUGCCUGUCUGUGAAUCCGCGAUCUGCUUCAGUCUCUGUGGACACAGUACCGCUCAUCGACCCACGUAUCAUGCUCUUUCUAAUGGGUAGUGGUAUCACGGAAGAGCAGUGUGAGAUCGGUGCAGACUUUGCAACGGAGUACAGUGCGAGACCAGCAACGGAAGGCAAAAGGUCGUUGACACUUCGCCGCGCAGACUGCGUAAAGGAACAGCUAACGGAGAAUAUCCCAAAUGAGAUCGGCUUUAUGGGCACCAGCUCCUCUUGUCGUGAUUUUGACCAACUGGCAUAUUUGUGCCGAGAUUGCCUUUUUGUGCCAACCGCCAAAAAUAUAGCAAGCGGAAUUUCCGCUUCCAGGCGCCGUGAUAUGCUGUUCAAUAGGAAAAGGACGCGAGCUACAUCAAGCUCGGAUGGGCCUUGCUUUAUUCCUGUCAAGUCUGUCGUGACCAACAUGCUUGAAAAAACUGACACUGAUGCGUUGGUGACACUAGAAAGGCUAUGCUGCAAGUGGAGGGAAGAUACGGCAUGA